AUGUCUGAGGUGCAAUCUCGACCUGCUGCACCGCGCGGUAGAGGCUCAGCUCGCGGCGGCGGCCGAGGAGGGUUCUCAUCGAGAGGUGGACGAGGAGGAAGAGGUCACGCAACCAACGGCGACAAAUCAGACACAGCCCUAACUUCAUCAAUUGAAGAUGAUAGUGAAGUGGGCCAGCUGAAGAAGAAGUAUGGCACGAAGGUCUCGACGAUCAAGGAAAUGUUCCCCGAUUGGACAGAUGAAGAUGUCGUCUUUGCUCUGCAGGAGACCGACGGUGAUCUUGAGACUACAGUUGAUCGCAUUACUGAUGGCACUAUUUCUCAAUGGGGAGAGGUCUCGAAGACCAAGAAAGACCGAUCUCGAUCCAAGGUCAAGGAUGCCACAGUUUCUACCUUUGGCGAUAUCACGAACCAAAACAGACCUUCCCGCGGCGGUCGAGCUGGCUUUGACGGAGGCAGAGGAGGCCGUGGUCGUGGCGCAGAUCGGGGCAGAGCGGGUCGAGGAAGGGGUACAUCAACUGCCCACGUAAAUGGCUCUCGCAACAAAGAGAAUGUCGAUGUUUCUACCCCUACUGCCGACUCUACCGCAUAUGAACAAACCAACGCUGGAGAUGCCAAUGCUUGGGAAACAAAGGCUGCUGAAUCGUCUGAAUGGGAUAACUCGACUGCCAAACCUGCUGAUACCUGGGACUCUUCAAAGCCGGCACAGGAAACAUGGGGCUCUACUGGAACCGGAGCGGCGACUGCUGCUGCUACGUCUGCUGCCAAUGCGACUUCAAGCAUCAUUCCAGAUGGUGUCAAGAAGAGCUGGGCCAGCAUGUUCGCAAAACCUGCUCCCGCGCCCGCACCAAAGAAAGCCCCCGAGCCCGUCAUUGAGAAGUCUGUUACCGCAUCUAACCCAUCUGGUCCACCCACUAACACAAUACCUAGACCUGCUGAACCUGUGAAGACCGAGGAGAUUGUCGAACCCGUUCUGAAGGAAGAGCCAGAAGCUCUUGCCCGUGAACCCGAGCCUAUUGAAACCGUCGAAACACCACCCGUUGAACCCACCCCAAUUGAAGAGCCUGAGCUCACAAUUACACCCUCAAAAGACGAACUCACGGAAAAUAACGUUGAACAACUCCCUGACACCUCGAACCCCGCACCUACUGCUACCGCAGCUAGCACAGCAGCCAGCUCGUGGGAUCCACGAAGCGCUGCGGCUACGCCAUAUUCCGCAUCACAAGCUCAAGCUGUUCGUCCUCCAACCAGCGGAUUUCAGGCCUCUGCCUUGAAGGCGACUGGAACAUCUGGUCGUACAUCAAGCUACAACCGUCGCAUUCUGGAUCAAGAAGAAGCUGUUCGUAUGCCUGGAAAUCGCGAAGUGGACCGUGCUGCUGUACAAUUCGGGGCUUUUAACCUUAAUGGUACUGGUGAAGACGAUGUUGAUGGAGAAAGAGAGGAGGCGGAGACUCGUGCGCAACCACCUCAGCAUUCUCCAGUUGCUCCAAGAGCCUCGCUUCCUCCUGCCCCUCAACAGCCAGUUGCCGCUCCGGAAGCUUUCCCUACACCCAAGCAGACCGCAGGCUUGCCCGCAGCGACCCAUCCAACUGCUGCUCCAGGUCUGCCAUCCCCAGCCCCAUUGACAUCUGCUCAGAGUUCUGCUCAGAGUUCUGCUCAACAAGCCGCUCCAGGAAACUCUCAAAUGAGCCAAUAUGGUAGAUAUGGUCCAUCUGGUGUGCAAGAUUCGGCUCUGCCACCAAAGCCGUAUGAUGCUUUCAGUCAACAGGCCCCAUCGACUCAAAGUCCAUUUGAAGGCUAUCAGAGUCAGCAAUCCCAGUCGCAACCACAGCAAUCGCAAGCUGGUGCCUUUUCCUCGGCUCCCGACCAAUUCUCAUCCUACUACACCGCAGAUCCACAACAGCGAAAUGCGUACAACAACUAUUACAACCAAUAUGGCAUGCAGCAAGGUGCUCAAAGCCAGGAAGGUCCUGCUUCUCAACAACGAUCGUUCAGUGGGUACAAUGGGCCACAAUCCGAGAACUCGUCCCAAUUCCCACAGAGCGCUGCUCAGCAAACUCAAUCUCGGUAUGCUACGGCUGGCGAAGGUCAAAACAGCGGCCACACUACUCCCAACCCAGUUGCCCAAAGCCAGCAACCUGGAGCGACUCAGAGUGCUCAGCCACAACCAGGACACCAACAACAACCCCAAUACCCAUAUGGUCACCCUUACUACUCCAGCCCGUACUAUGCCGCGUACAUGAACCAGUAUCAACAAUAUGGCGGAAACUAUCCUGGCGGACCGUAUGGCGCAAAAGGCGGUCUUCAUCAACCUUAUCAAGGCUAUGGUAUGUCCCCAGCCGCUCCUUACGAUCAUGCUGCGUCACCAGCUGCCGGCGGAUUUGGAGCAUCUUCUUUGCAUGGCCGUGACAGCGCAUUGGGAGGAUUGUCGGACUAUGGACGUGCUGGUUCUGCUCAAUCUUCUCAAACACCUGGGACUCUUGGAGGAAGCGGAGCGUUUGGUGGGGCUCAUGAUGCAUUCGGCCGCGGGUCAUCCUACCAAGGUCAAGCUCAACAGCACUACAACACUCAGCAAGGUUCUCAGCCAAGCGCCGGUGAUGACUUGAAGCCAUUCGGCGACUCGAAGACUGCCAAUGGUCCAAGCCCAUCAUUGUCGCAAGCCGGUCGACCAGGUUCAGCCACUAAUACGGCACCAGGUUCUGUCCUUCCUCUCCCACAAUCGCAACAAGGCGGCUAUGGUGGCUAUCCAGCUCAUCUUCAACAAGGACAUGGGCUCCAUGGUAGUCAAGCAGGCAGUCAGUACGGCGGUCUAGGUGGAGCUGGAGGCCAUCAGGCAGCUGGACAGGGUCACCAAAACAGUCAAUACGGUGGUUACCAAGGCUUCGGAGGAGGCAAUUAUUAUGGCAACAACCAACAGCGUGGAGGAUGGGGUGGCAACUACGGGCACUAA